GCUUCACUCUCUAUUUUAACCCCUUGCCUAAUAGCUUAUGAUUCACUUUGUAGCAGGGAAAAGAGGGGGGCUGACAAAAGGAUAUGAGAGGGCGGCGUAAAAUGGUAUUCGUCACGUGCGGUAGCAAAGUUUUCACUACUGUUUCCAGUCACCAGGUUCGGCUUUGACCUCCACUUGAGUGAGAGCCAAAAAUACCCAACGAGGACCUUGCAAACACACCAACCAACUUCCAACUUCCAACAACAAAAACAGCAACAACAACUAACAGUAACACCAUACCCAUUCUUAUAUACACAAAAACGAGCACAAAAAAAUGCAGCCUCCCUCCUUUGACCUGUCUAAAUACCCGACCGUCGAGACCAUUAAGCUCCUAGCAUCAUUGCUGGAGCGAAUGACAGCAGCCAACGACCAGAUCAACAGAGCCUCUACCGCUCGUAAGGAUAAUGUUCGUCGCGCCUCGUCCGCUUCAUUGCUGGGGUCAUCUCAAGUUCAAGGCGGGCUGGUCGCUUCUGCUACGCCGCCACCGCCUGCUGCUGAUACCUACACCAAGUUCAGCAGUCGAUCGUUGCCAUCGAUAGAUAUUUUUUCAUACUUGUCGCGCAUCUUCAAGUACUGCCCAUGUGCCAACGAAUGUUUUCUCAGUUUAUUGGUAUACUUUGACCGCAUGUCAAAGAGUGCACUUGCUCUGACCGGGAGACCUUUCACUAUCGAUUCAUACAACAUUCACCGACUCAUCAUUGCCGGCGUCAUGGUUUCCAGCAAAUUCUUUAGCGACGUCUUUUAUACCAACACGAGAUAUGCAAAGGUACGUAUGCGGCAUGUAUUAAAAAAAUUAUGAGCUUUUAAGCAAAAAACGAGAUGCUACUUUGAAAUCGAACGAGAUGAGAACUCAUUAUGUUGUUGCCAUUGGUCUCUUUUUCGCCCGUUGCUAGGUCGGAGGAUUGCCCGUUGCGGAACUCAAUAGCCUGGAGCUCGAGUUUCUCGUCCUGAAUGGAUUCAACCUAUCUGUACCUAUUAGUGAGUUACAGCGAUACGGAGAUCAGCUAUUGAAGGUGGGCUAUAUGGAGAAAGAAAUCCUGAAGAGUAUCAUGUACGAAACGCCUACCUACAACCCCAUCCGACACGGCCGCUCAACGUCUUUAGGAUCGGCCAUGGUUGUGCGCCAUCCUGUUGCCCCCGAAAGCAAUAGCAACAACAACAA